GUUCAUUACGUUCAACUCGUGAAGCAAAAGAGAAGAUGACAAACUACAGCUUGUAUUCUGUGCAUGGUUUGGUGAUACUAGACAGUGAAGGAAACAGAGUGAUGGCUAAGUACUACGACAAGAACCAACAAACGAAUCUCAAAGAGCAACGAACAUUUGAGAAGGGGUUAUUCGAUAAGACGAGUAAAGGGAAUGGCGAUAUAAUACUCUACAACGACAAACUGAUAUUAUACAAAUCAAUGAUGGACUUGAUAGUCUAUUUGAUAGCGCCAUCAGAGGAGAAUGAGCUUAUGCUGUCUAGUGCACUCAACGGUUUCAUCGACGGUAUAAGCCUCCUACUUAGACACCAGCUAGAGAAGACGUCCGUUAUCGAGAACUUGGACAUGGUUCUUUUAGCCCUCGAUGAAUCAAUCGAUGACGGUAUCAUCCUAGAGACAGAUUCUAACGCGAUAGCCAGCAGGGUAUCUAGACCUAAAGCAGAUACCAACGAAAUACAAAUUAAUGAGCAGACUAUCAUGCGUGCUUUCGACAUGGUCAAAGACCGUGUAUCCAAAAUACAACUCUAGUGAUCUUUCUUUUGUAUCUUUGUCAUUUAUAUCCCGUUCAUCUCCUCC